AAACAAUAACAAUUCGAAGAAAGAAAUCCCUAGAAUCUGAAAAAAGGGGGGAAAAGAUGAGGCCGAUGCCGAUGGAAUACGUGACGGACCCGGACGAUCAAGGUUCGGCCAUGGAAGUCGACGACGUCGACUCACUCGAUAUCUUAGGUGAUGGCGUAAUCGGGAACGACAACAAGCUCGCCGAUGCCGAUUUCUUCAACAACUUCGAAGACGAUUUCGAUGACUCCGAUAUUAACUGAAAACAAAUAAGAAGAAUCCCUUGAAGUACACAUCUAUCUUCCCCCUCUUUCUCUGUUUGUGUGUUGCUUUUUAGGGUUUAAAUUCUCCUACUAUUUGUUAAAUUUGGAUUUGAACCAUGGAUGCUAAUCGUAUGCGAAUCGUAAAAGUGUAGUGUGUAAACUUUCAUCAGUAUAAUAAUGGCUAUAAUUUUCCUCUU